GGAACAAGCUGCUGUGUGUUCCUACAUGGCGGUGACGGGGCACGGAGGGACGCCUGAGGAACUCCGACUCUUCCUUUGUAAAGGUAACAUUCCAAGCUGCCCGCGGAUAAACGGAAUAGGAAGUGACGCCACCAUCAGCGUCAGCUCUGAGGAUGUUUGCAGACGCAAACGAAACGUCAGCAAGGAGAACGGGAAGAGUCGCCUGCAGCAGGCGCAGGAGGAGGUGGAGGAGGUGAAGGAGAUCAUGCUGGACAACUUGAACAAAGCUGAUGAAAGGCACAACAAACUGAGCGACUUGGAGGUUCAGGCUGAAGAGCUGAUGGAGAAGGGUAAAGUUUUUGAAAAGAGCACCUACAAAGUGAAGGAACAGAAAAGAUGUCAGAACCAGAAGACCAAACGAGUACUCAUCGGCGUUGCAGUCGGAGUAGUUGUCAUCAUCGUUGCACUUGUACUUUUUUUCGUCUUGGGCUAGUGUGGGAAACCAGAAGCUCGGUGACAACUUGAAGAGGAAGGAUCUUGGAGCUGAGGGACAAACAACAAAUAAGUUCCAGGAAAAGAGGAUAUGCAACUGUGGGACUGCAGCGUUUGUCUGCAAACGUGUAUUUAUGGGAGGAUGGUUCCCUUUCUUCACUGGUUCAGCUGAUAUGGUACCAUUUACUGCUGCUCCCUCUCUCUGGCUUUAGCUCUAUCAAAAACAUUUGUACACGGCACCUCAAGGAGAACAGGAUCUCCCUGGUAAACCCCACCUUCACGAAACAGCACCACCUGCUGGUUGGCACAAAUAUUUGCAAGCUGACAUCACCCAUGUUGAAUCUAUUUCAGGAAUGAUUCGGUGGAUUAGAACCAAGUCUAUAUAUGGCCAAGCUUCACACACAUUUACAUUUAAAGAGGCCUUAUAGCUGUACAAAUGAUGCAUAUUAUACAGUUUUAUUAUUUGACUUAGUUAUUUGGUUAAUAAGUUCAAAUGACAUAUUCUUGUAGACAUUAACUAUCUUCGAGGUCCCAGAGGUGCUGCUGUCUCUGGAUAACAUCAUAUAUUUGUGUCUGCAAAACGUUCACAGUGCUGGAAAAUCAAGAAAAAUAUCCAACCAGACUUAGUAGGACUGAUGGUGUCACUGGGCUGCUACUGUAGGAAACACAAGUCAUGGUGAUGGUGACUGAGGAGUUAAGGGCCCGCCCUGUAACCGGAGGGCUUCGGGUUUGCGUCACGCCCUCUGUCACAGACGUGUCCUUGGGCAAGACACUUCAACUUCCUUGCCUGCUGGUGGGGGUCUGAAGGAUCCUGCAGCGCCUGUGCCCCAGGGCAGCUGUGGCUAUAGUGGAGUAAAAGAUUAUUUGGCAGCCACCAAAAUAAAGUCAAAAAUAUGAGAGGUCUGUAAUUUUUAUUAUAUGUAAAUUUCAACUGUGAGACAAGAUGUUUAAAAAAAUCUAAUAAAUCACAUUGUUUGGUUUUUAAAGAAUUUAUUUGGAAGAUGGUGCAGAAAAUAAGUAUUUGGUCAAUAAAAAAAGUUUACCUCAAUACUUUAAUGUAACUUAGGAGGGCGAGGACAAACGUCUGGAGCUCUGCAGCUUUGACACACUAGCUGGUAUUUUGGCCCAUUCUUCCUUGCAGUUCUUCUCUAGAGCUGUCAUGUUGAACAUGUUGCUGACUUUGCCUAAAUUCACCCCGCUGGAUUUAUAACAUAAUGUUAUAAACAGCGUUUCACUUUACACCAAAGCUGGUUUUUAAAAAGUCCGGAUCUCUACCAGCUUCUGUUGCUGGUGGUGUUACCGGGUUCAGCUGCUGCUCUCACACUGGAAUGAGAAGAUCACUAAACACAGACGCUUAUAUAAAUAAAUAAUGUAAUUUUAACACACAUAGUCAUACAUUGGAGCUUUAAUAUUGUUAAUAAUUAUCUCGCUUUACACUACAGUGGACAGGGCACAUCCUCCGUGGUGAAAUACCCAUCCAUCAGGAUUAUCAAUAACUAGUAUUAACACAUCACAUUUAUCCCUGUCCCUGUCUUCCUCGUGAAAUAAAUGAACGUUAAUCUUACCCGCUAAAAACAUGUUUGCUGCAAAUCUGAGGGCUGCUAGUCCGCUUGAUUGAUCGCUGCAGUUCAUCUCCGUCCUCAGUCUCCAUGAAAGUUAUUAAAAAAACAAAACGAGUUGAGUUUACAUCCUUGUCUGUUUGUGCAGCCAACCAUGCAGCAAGCUAAAACCAUUUUACUGUCAAAUCAACUAAAUAAAAGCGAUAAAAGGCUACAAACUGGCUUGUUUUGACUAGCUUCACUUGAGUUUCAACAGGUGUAAAUGGUCUUUUUGCCGUCCAUCAUGGUGAUGGUGGAGGUCUCAGGAGUGGCGUGACGUCACGUGCAAAGGGUCAAUUGGAAUGUUUGUGUGAAGUGCCUUGAGAUGGCUCUUGUUAUUUGAUGGUAUAUGAAUAAACUGAAUUGAACUGAAUGAAUGA